AUGGAUAAAAUCGGUUUUAUCAAAAAAGAUAUCUACAAUCUUGAAUGUAGUGUGAAUGGGAAGCUGAGGAACCACGAUGUUGAACUAGUGACCGAGUAUUUUAUGGCUGAACAGAAAAAAAAUGAGGCUUUUUAUUUCAAGAUUGAGGGAGAUGGCCAUGACAGGUUUAGUCGAUGUUUUUGGGCAGAUGCAACUUCUAGACGGGCAUAUGGGUUUUAUGGAGAUGUUGUUGUAUUCGAUACCACAUUCAACACAAAUCGAUACGACUUGACAUUUGCACCAAUGUUGGGAGUUAAUAACCAUGGUCAGACAAUUGUCUUAGCAUGCUCAUUUUUGAGCAAGGAAACGACUAAGUCGUUUGUUUGGAUGUUUGAGGAGUUUAAGAAAGCCAUGCCAGGUGGCGAACCUAAAACGAUCAUUACAGAUCAAGAUGCGGCAAUGACCAUAGCGAUUUCAAUAGCCUUCCCGACUACAUUUUAUCGACUUUGCAUAUGGCACAUCACAUCAAAGUUCUCUAUUAAGUUACCACCUUCUGCUUAUAAGGAGUAUUGGCGUGAAUUUCAGAAAGCCAUAUGGGAUACUGACAAUAAGGAUGAGUUUGAUGCAAAAUGGAAUAUUGUAGUUACAAAGGCUGGUUUGACUGACCAUCCAUGGCUAAGUUCAAUGUUUGAUUUAAGGGAAUCUUGGGUUCCAGCCUACGCACGACAAUUUUUUGCCGCUGGAAUGUCAAGCAGCCAAAGAGCAGAAUGUUCUCAUGGUUUUUUCAAGCAAUACAUAUCAAGGAGAAAUUCGUUGAUGGAUUUCAUAAUACGAUUUGAGAGGCCACUUUCUCAUCAACGUGAAAAAGAGUUAGUUGCUGAUCACGUAGAUGCAUUUGAAGUGGCUCAAUGUAUUCUACCGAUGCCAAUGAACAAACAAAUGGCUACCUUGUACACAAGGACAAUGUUUCAAAAAUUUGAGCAAGAACUAAUACAAAGUACAGCAUGUUUCCUAGAGCUCAAAACAGAGGAUGCUUCUAAAGUUGUCUUUAACGUGAGCGAAAGGAAAAAUUGGGAAACAAGAGUGGCAGAAGUCGUAUAUGUCAAAGAUUCUGACCACGCAUCGUGUAGCUGCAAAAGAUUUGAAUUUGUUGGAAUUAUUUGCAAGCACAUCCUAGCAUUGUUCAGAAGGGACCAGAUUGAAUAUAUGCUCGAUAAAUAUAUUUUGAAGAGGUGGAAGAAAACUGCGAAAUCUGGAUUGGUGUCAGAUGCAAAUGACAACGAAAUUAAAGACUGUGCAGAUCCUGGUCUUUUAAUAAAGCGGUGUACAAUGUCUCGACUUGCUUCAGAUAUGGUUGAGGAUGCAUUAAUGAGUGAAGAAGGAUGUGAGCUACUGUCAGAGACUCUAAAAAGUUUGCAGGUGAAGUUGAAGUUGUUGAAGGAUGGACCAAGUAAUAACGAAGUUGGAGGGUCCAGCUGA